GUCAUGCUCUGGUCAAGUCCCUCAUCCGGUCGGAGAGAAACGGGCAUCCAAGGGCCUAUCUAGGCCGAGCUGACAAAUUAUCAGCAUUCAAAGUGUUCUAAUGAUCAGUGAAAGGGGUCCAUUCAUAGGGAGGUGUGGGCGAUAGAGAGAACACACCAUCAGAGCGUUUGCACAAAAGCCAAUAAUAUCACAAACUAUGUACAAACGAUCUGUUCAAAAGUUUUCGGGCCUGAAGUUGCUGACCUGCAGCGCCCCUGGCGACAGCGUGACGAACCGCUGGCCCUCCAUGAAGACCGAGGUUGAUGUGACGUGGGAGCCGCCGAGUCAGACCAACCUGGGCAGCAUCUACUUUGUUGCAACGGUUGUGAAAACCUGCGGCAACUACUGGGUGGACGUCCAGUCACAGUCAGUGGCGGACCUGACCCGCGAUAUUUUCUGGCCAGGCACUGUGCCGGACGGGUACCUCUGGUCAACUGCUACAGCGUCCUAUCAGAUUGAGGGAGCCUGGAAUGUUAACGGCAAAGGAGAGUCCAUGUGGGACCGGUUCCAGCACAUUAACGGACGAUACGCUGGAGACGACGCGUGCAAGAGCUAUGACUAUGUAAACCCCUCAAAUACUGCAAAACCAUUUGAAACCUAGAUUUUAGGCUAAGAAAUUCAGAAAGACACCAACAAAUUGAUUACACAGGAUUCAGUGGUCAGAUGACGGCCAUGUCAAGCUCAAUUUCCAUUGUCCGUCAUUCUAGUUACCUUCGAUUCACCUGGACGCGGCAUUGGUUAUGGUUGUGUAUAUGUGUUCGCA